GAUGCCGCAGCGGACUCUGCUUCGAGGCAGCAAGGCUAGCAUCGGCAGGCUUCAGGGCCCACGGCGAUCCGUAUGCAGUAAUAUUUAUGCACAAAUGAAGACACAACCAGUGAUCGAGCAAUGCACAUCCGUGUUUGACGUGGCCCAGCGCGCGGCGAGCUUGCAAGGAAAGAAUGCCGAUGCGCUGCGUCGGUUGUACGCGUUUACGUCGGGCGAGGCGCGCUGUAACGUUGGGCCCGAGCUGGCCGCGAAGUAUGGAAUGGAGCAGGACAAUCGCCAGCUGGUCGUGAGCUGCACCAACCGUGCGACGCUGGAGCAGGCAUGGUUCAACGAGGCUCGCACGCGCAAGCCGCAGACGUUCAGGGCGGACGCGGCGGGGGUGGUGGACCCCACGGACGGCGGGCGGCGCUGUGACUUCUGCAACUGGCAGGAGCUGACGGCGGAGGAUACAUGGGGGCGUGUGGAGCGGCCGCACGCGGUCACGGGCUCCAACCUGUUCAAGUACGGCGAGCCCGCACACGGCCUGGUCCUGUUCAAGCACCACGACCCCCUGGCCUUCACACACACCCAGCUGUACGACUUCCUAGCCGUUUCAGACGGUUGGUUCGCGGCGGCGGCGGCGGCGCACGCGGGGGCUGGCGGCGGCGGCGGCGGCGGCGCGGAUGGCGGAGGGGGAAAUGCCGGUUGCGGCGGCGCCGCGUUGCAUCCGUUCUUCAUUUGGAACUGUGGGCCGAGGGCGGGCGCCAGCCAGUUUCACGGCCACGGCCAGCUCAUGCUCACCGCAGUGCCCGUGCCUGCCCAGGCCCGACUGGACCAGCAGGCGGCCCUACACGCGGCGGCGCACUCCACAGCCGCCACCCACAACGGCAGUAGCAGCCCCGGCUCCGCGGCUGCUACUGCUGGCGCUGUGGCUGCUACUGCCUGCGCCAAGGCUGCUACUGCCGGCGCCGCGGCUGCUACUGCCGGUGGCGCCGACAGCGGCGGUGUCUGCUACUACCGGGACCUUAUCCGGGCGCAUGCGGCGGUGGGGCUUGCGAGGAAGGUGGUGGUGCCGCGACCCCAGCCGCCCGCCGCUGCCAACAGCAAUGGCACCGGCUGUAGCAGCAGCAUCACCGGCAACGGCAGUAGCAGCAGCGGUCACAGGACGGGCCACGACGCUGCUACUGCCGCCCACGAUGGCGGCGGUGAUGGUGAGCACGACGUGGCCUGGGUGCUUGCGCACCUGGCGCCGCAGAAGGACAUGGAGGUGAUUGUGAUCGCAGGCGGCAGUAGCAGCAGCGGCAGUAGCAACAGCAGCGGUAGAAGCAGUAGCGGCAGUGGCAGUAGCGGCAGUAGCAGCAGCCAGGGCGGGGGGUUGUCCAGUCCCGCCUUCGUGGCGGCGCUGCACGCCUCGCUCCGUGCGCUGCUGGACGGCCUGGGGGUGCAGGCCUUCAACUGCGGCGUCCUCAACGUGCCGCUACAGCCGCUACAGCCGCCACUGCUACAGCCGGAGCAGGCGCUACAGCCUGAGCAGGCGCUGCAGCCGGAACAGGCGCUGCAGCCGCCAGCAGUAGCAGCCUCAGCAGGGGGCGGCGACGACGAGGACGGCUGGCUGGGGCUGCCGCCGUUUCCCCCACCGCCAGCACAAACACAAGCAAGCCCCGGCCCCAGCUCUGAAUCCGGAUCCAGAUCCGGCACCGAAUCCGGCUCCGGCACCGGAUCCAGCUCCGGAUCCGGAUCCAGCUGGCGGCCCAUCAUGGCCCGGCUUGUGAGCCGGGGGAAGUGGGCGGCCCCCGCCAGCGACUUCGGGUGUCUGGAGGUGGUGGGGCACGCCAGCAUUGGCCACACCGACCCCUUCGUACUCAUGCGCGCCAUUGACCAGCAGCUGGCGGUGGCGGCGGCGGCGGGCGUGGAGGCGGCGGGCAGGGAGGCGGAGAAGUAAGGCGGGCGUGGCGGCGGUGGCGGGCGGGUCGGUGGCCACGCAGGGCCUGAGGCCGAGGAAAGGGGUGUGGGGGGGGGGGCGCGGGGAGCAUCAUCAGGAAGGGGGGACGGGGUUACAGGGUGGGCGGUGGGACAGGGCAAGCCGUGGGCGUGGCGGCCCUUGUGUUCGUGUGCGCAUGAGAGGCGGAUGGGGCGAGGCGGUGGACUGAGUCGGACCGUGUGAUUUACGAGCCGUAUGUCUUUCGCCGUGAACAUGUUUGAAGAGGCGCCUGAAGUGCAGCGGUGUUGGCGUAUCAAGUACAGUAUACAGUAUUGAGUCCUGGGGGGCGCUCUCCGUUUCGCUCGUGAGCUGCGUCAGGAGGUCCCUUUUGUAAGUUUGUAACCCAUGCAAUCUCUCAACGAAUUCCAUUCCGAGUCCACGGCCUCCGCAUGCGGAUCAUCAGAUGACAGGUGCCGCGGCCGCGAUUCAGCGUUGCGCACUGCCAAGUGGCAGGCGUGUGAUCGUGCGACCUGUCUCAGGCUGAGACUCUCAGGCCCACGCCCGAGAAUGAUGUUGAAGGAAGGAAUCGAAACGCUUGCUGGUUGUGACUUUGUGUUGCAGCUGAUUGUUGCUGCGUCGGCCUGGAGCCCUGGCGGCCACUGGAUACUGUUGUAGGCAUGAUGGGGACUUUGGGAAGGCGAAGGGAAAUCGUGGGCUCCUGGGGAAAAGCAAUAAAGCAACCGCCGCUACUGCUUCUGUGCAAGUGCUUGCGGGGUUGGCCGCCGCUGUGCGUGGCUGUGCGCUCUCGAACAAGAGCAAGGUUUACGGUAGCUUGCAGGGGCUGCCGAAGUGGUGCCUUGGUGCUUUCCACACCUGGCGCUUCCCGCACCUUCAUACAUCAUGUGUGGGCCCUUGCGGCGGCGUUCCUUGGCGAAGCAAGUAGCUGGUGUAAUCGAGUCCCGAG